UGCCCUGAUCCCGUGAGCUGGCAGCAGCUUUACCCUGGGAAAGGGGGCAUGGGGCACUGCCACAACCUGCUGUCCCUUUGCCACUGGCACUGUGCUGCCCGCAGCUCUGUCCACGCCACCAGGCCCCCCUCCCCACAGCUAUUUUUAUCGCCCCCCAACCGUGUUUCUCACUGUCCUAUUUUAAGCGGCGCAGUUGGCGCACCGGGAGCCCAGUGCCCAGCUCCUGGGGGCCCUGCACCACCUCACUGCCCGCUCACGCUGCCCAGCACAGGCAGCCAUGCCCAGGGAGGCUGCAGAAGACACCAUGGGAAGGGCUGAGGGUGCUGCACCAGCAGAGCCUGGGGACCCCGAGAGCAGCGAGUCUGGAGCCAUCAGCCUGCGCCCCGUGGAGUCCAUCAGCGACCUGUACUGGGCCUCGGGCGGGCACAAGGGCACAGAGGGCAAUGGCCCGGCUCCCUCCAGCAGCCUGCAGCGGCCCCCAGCUCGGCCCGUGUCCCCCGUGCCCCCGCCGCUCCUGCCCACCCUGCGCCCCGUGCCCCCCGCCAGCCCCUGCCCCUGCCUCGGCCCCGGCCACCCCCUGCUGCUGGCCCUGCUGGCGCUCCUGGCACUGUCCAGCCUGGUCCUGGCCACGCUGGCCAUCUACCUGAGUGUCCUGCAGAGCCAGUCGGUGAGGGCGCUGGCCCAGUGGCUGCAGAGCCAGGAGGACGCCGUGCACCAGCUGCGGGCAGCCAGCAGGCAGCUCUGGGCUCGCCUCAACGCCAGUGCCCAGCCGGGCGGGCACCGCUGAGCUGCCCCUGGCCCCGCCACGGGCUCUGGGCCGCCGCGGGAAGGGGCACCGAAGGGCAGGAGGGGGGAGCGGCAGCCUUACCCACUGAGACCUGGCAGCAUUACCCCUUGGGGCAUAGAGGCAAUCCCAGACCCUGUCCCAGGCUGUGAGAGAAAGAAACUGGGCUCUAAGGACCUUCAUCCGCCCCAGUGACAGCCCUUCCUCUUAACAAGGCAGAAGGCAUACUUUAUUUAGCCUUUUAAUUACCUCUUACAAUCAAAGUCUUAGAAAAUCACCAUGAUAGAUACAUUCCCAGGGUGGCGGGCACUGCCAACUGGCAUGGCCCCAUGUCCGCCUGGGCAGUGGCCCCCCCAUAAUUAAUUUCCCACAAGAUUACUAUUUCAUAUAAAGCAUUUGGCUGCAAAAGGAUUGAGAGUAGGCAGCUGGCAGGACUGGGCAGAGCUUCCCACUCCACACUGCUCUGCCACCAUCACUGAUGCCAGGCUGGCUGGGGAGGCAGGGGCUGUACCCAGCAUGGCAGGGUGGGGAGAACGCUCCUGCCACAGGCACAGACACCAGGACCAGCUGCUCUGCAGCCCUGCACAGCUCUGCCCUCCCACCCACUCUUCAGGCUGUGCCAAGCCACCCUGGUGCCCCUGCAGGUCUAGGGAGAGUAUACACAAGCCCUGCCACUGAAAGUGGCUGCAGAAGCCUGGGUGAGACCCCCUCCCACUGUGCCACAUGGAUGCCCAGCCACAGAGCAGGCACACGGCAGCAGGCCACCACCUCCCCCUGCUCUUCUUUUAUCCUUCCUAUUUUUGGUUAAAAAAAUAAAAGAGGGGGCAGCCCCCCCUUGGGGCAGCUCCAGGCAUUAAA